CUCCUUUUUUCUCAAUUGGUUAUCCCCCUUUUUAUAUUUCACUCUUCACAUAAUCUUUUUGACUAUUUAUACUCUUUUGUUUCUUCUUUUACAAAUAAAAAAUUUCUAAACAAAAAAAAGAUUUAAAGUCUCAUGGAGACAGUUUAUGCAGUCCAUAAUUUUGAAGCUGAGAAUGACGAUGAAUUGACAUUUCAGAUUGGUGAAUCUGUCAUUGUCAUUCAAAAAGAUGACGGUUUUAACGAUGGAUGGUGGAAGGGCCAAAAUGUCAGAGGUGAAGUAGGUUUAUUUCCAAUGAAUUACAUUACAUUUGAGCCUUAUGAGCAUGAAUUACCGCACCCUACAUCCUCUACAUCUGACAUUACUAAUAAAACACCACAACUUUGUCAUAUCGAUACAUCUUUACCCGAAUCUGUUCGUUCUUCCUAUUCUUUCACCUGUCCAAUGACUUCGACCACAGGUCCUGCAUCUUCUAUAUCCAAUAUCAGCGCAUCCUCGAGUAAUCAUAAUAGCAACAUCUUGAGAAAAUUAGUCAUCAACUCUUUAUUUCUACCUGCCCUUAGAUCCACAUCUCCGGAAGAUUGGGAUAUGGAUCAAGUCGAAGUCUGGUUGACUGCCAUGAAUUUUGGUUGCAUAGCAGAUAAUUUCAAAUCACAAGAAAUUACAGGAGAUAUCUUACUAGAACUCAACAUGGAUUCACUAAAAGAAUUAGAUGUUGCGACAUAUGGUAAACGAUUUAAAGUGCUUACAGCCCUCAAUUUACUACGUGAAGAAUCUGGAUAUCAUAUCACAAACCCUACCAAUAGAAUGUCCGUGACAUCUUCUACCUACUCCACUGAGGAUUUUCAGAGCCCUAUUUCACCUACACCUUCUCGAUACUCAAACCAUCGUCCAUCCUCUAGUUUCCACUCAAAUCUGAUACAUGAAAAACAUCAACGCUCUAAAAGUGAACGGGCAGAUACAAUUCAAGAAUACGAUGAAAGUAUUGGUUUAAUAUCACCAGUCUCGCCCGCUCAAAUGGAGUUCCCUGCAUCUGACUAUGACAUCAUGGAAGCUAGUAGUAAAAACUACGAAAACGAUCAUCGUACAGAUCAAAAGAUACCCGAAAUCGAAGAUAUAUCCAUGGUCCAUAAACGGCAUACAGUAUUACCAAUGGCACAUCGAAGUUCAAUGGAUAUUUAUUCUACCCGGAUCACGGACGAUAGUGGUAACGUUACACCCGACAUGGAAGGUUGGCUUUAUAAACAAGGCUGUAAAUAUAAAAAAUGGAACAAACGCUGGUUCGUAUUAAAAGGUCCAAAUCUUUUUUAUUUCAAGAGUCCCAAGGAUGUCCGCAUGAAGGGCAUAAUUAAUUUAAGAGGCUACCGAAUUGUACCCGACGAAACUAUUCAACCCGGUCAAUAUUCGUUUAAAGCACAACAUGAGGAAGAGCGCACAUUUUAUUUUUAUACAGAGGUAGAUACCAGUAUGAAAGCGUGGAUUUCCAGUCUAAUGAAAUCUACCAUCUCGAGAGAUUUUACAGCGCCCGUUUUAAGUUCUAGUAUGAUAUCUACAGUCUCUUUGGAUGUUGCUCGUCGUAUGCGACCCAGACCUCCUUCCGUAUUACUUUAUCGCAAAGAGAAUCUAAAAAACAACACAAUGGUUUGCGCUUAAAAUCAAGAAAAACCCUUUUUUUUUUUCAGGGUACACGAAGGCAGAUUCAUGCUUUGUUUAAUCAGUAUUUUUUUUUAAUAUAAAAACAUAUUUUUUUUUAUGUGCAAGAUGAUUAUUUUUCAUGUUGUAAAAAUGCUUGGCUGACAAUAGUGUUUCUUUUUGAGAAUCUGAAAGCACUACAUGGGACUAUUUUUGCUAGCAGCUUUCCUCCCUCAAUGGUCCUGACAGUUGUA